UUCUCUGUGAAGCUGCUCUGACUGACUUUUCACAGUCCGAUGCCCCGACAGGACUCAGCGAUCAUGGCCGGCAGUCUGACCCACCACGGCUCCCCGAACCCCGGCUACCCCGCCAAUAAUAACGCGAUCCCGGGGUCGGUCCUUACUCAGACCAACUCCAGAGACAAGUGGAGCAAAAAGAUGGAUUUCCUCCUGUCUGUCAUUGGCUUUGCUGUGGACCUAGGAAAUGUUUGGAGAUUUCCAUACGUGUGCUAUCAAAACGGUGGUGGUGAGUGUUUCUUGACAUUUUCAAUCAGUUUAAUUGAAAAGUUAUGAGUGGACCACUUGGAAAGCACUUCUAAGGAGUCCUGAAAUCAAUGUGGAGACAGUAUUUUAUAUUUAGACACAUGGAAACUGCGCAUCUGGCAACAGAAACUGUCCAUGGUGCUGAACUGCACAUCUGUAGUCUUCACAUCCUCUAAAAACUCGUUUAAAGUUUUUCUCUUUCUUACAUCUAAAUAUUAUUAUCUUAUAUUUAAGUUUGCAGUAUGUAGACAUAAUGAAAAGAAAAUUUUAACCUAAAAAUGUUUAAAAAUAAAAACACUAUUUCAGAUUUAUUCACAUAUCUAACACUGCUUUUAGAUAUAAGUGAAUAAGGUUGUUUGUGUUUCUUUUAUUACAUCAAAUACAUACUACAGCGUUCAGCCUUUCACAUGAAGAGAAUGUAAAAAUUUACAUUUUAAGUUUAAGCCUUAUCAAAGUGUUGCACUCAAGAGAUUAUAGAAAAAGACAAAGCACAAAAAAGCAGAUUUAAACUUCGGAAAAAAGCAAAAACAGAGGGUUAAAAUCAGAAUAGGAAAAAGGUGUAAUGUGGAUGCUUUGUCAGAUGAUUUAACUGAGCUGGGGAAAAGAACGUGUUGCAGAGGUUAGUUAAUUUAUUCAGCUCAGCCCUGACAGUAGGUUUUUUCCACAAUUAAAUUCAAGUAGAAAACUGCAAUUGUAGUUCAGUGAAAAAGGACAUUUCCAUCACUUUCACCAGUCAGGUUUCAUCUAAAGUCCUCUGUCUUGCCAUUAUGAAUGUCCUGACUUUUUAAUUGGAUGUGACAGUUGUAAUUCCCAGUUUUCAUUUAAGUCUUUCAUUAGAUCUUACAUAUCCUCUUGCAUACAUGUGCAGGUGCUUUUCUUAUUCCCUACAUUCUAAUGGCCAUCUUCGGUGGUGUGCCGCUCUUCUACAUGGAGUUGGCACUAGGACAGUUCCACCGCACUGGAGCCAUUUCCAUUUGGAAACACAUUUGUCCCAUUUUUAAAGGUAAGGCUACACACUGCUCAAUGUUAGAUGUUUAGAUGCCUGGCCAAUGCGUCACACAAUAUAUCUUUAAAAAUGUUAACUGAUUUUUUCUCCUGUGUUUCAGGAAUAGGUUACGCCAUUUGUAUCAUCGCUUUGUAUGUGUCCUUCUAUUACAACACCAUCAUCGCCUGGGCCCUCUUCUACUUCUACUCCUCCUUUUCUAGCAUCCUGCCCUGGACAAACUGUGACAACGUGUGGAACACCCCUGACUGUACCAACUACUUUGGCAUAGACAACGUCACCUGGACCAAUGCCUCCAGGUCUCCAGCAGAGGAAUUUUACACGUAAGUGCAUGUAAGUGUGAGUAACAGAAACCACAUAUAUAAAUAGCUUUACAGUAAUGCUCCACAAAUAAAAAAAAGAAAAGAUUGAGAGGGUUGAGCUGUGUUGACAGUACACUCAAAAGUGUGUUUUAUCAUUACAGGAGAAAUGUUCUGGAAAUCCACAAGGCAUCAGGGCUUAGAAAUGUUGGGGGUGUACGCUGGCAGUUGAUGCUUUGCCUUUUUCUCAUAUUUACUAUUGUCUACUUCAGCCUGUGGAAGGGUGUGAAAACUUCGGGGAAGGUAGCACAUGGCAGUUACUUGUAAAAAUCUCGAAAGUUUGUUUAUUUUUUAUUUUACUUUAACUCACACCUAUCUGUUUCUCCUCACUGAUUUCUUUCUUCCAAACCAGGUGGUGUGGGUGACUGCCACCUUGCCCUACAUUGUGCUUUUCAUACUGUUAAUUCGAGGUGCCACUCUGCCUGGUGCAUGGAAAGGUGUGGUGUUUUACCUAAAACCCCAGUGGGACAAGCUGCUAGAGACGAGUGUAAGUUAGACAAAGUUGGUCGCUAAAGUGCUUUCCCUUGAAUAAUUCUAUUUUUGGCUUUACUUCAAACUGCAUGUUGAUUUUACGUCAUAAACACUCAUCUGUCUCACUCAUAAAAAUCAUCUCUGUUACUUUAUCUGCCUUACUCAAUGUUUUCCAGCCUAGCUAGUAAUUUAUAAUAUUUUGAAACAGACACUUUGUUGAUAAUUUUUCCCAGAAGUCAAAGCCUAUGGGUCUCAAAAAAGUAAAACCACAGGAUACAACUGCUUGUGCAAUAAUAUGUCAGUCUGUCUUAGUGGAAUUUAACUAACUGAACCCUUGUAGUAAAAUGUUUACAUCUUGCAAGCAUCAAAGGAAGAAAUUAAAUGUAUACUUCCUUAAAUUUAUAUCCAGUACUCUCCUAAAGAUCUGGGUUUUUUUUCACAUCUACGAAAUGUCCUCACCUUCCUCUCCCGCUCACUGUGGUCGUUUGCUGGACAUGUGUGAGUGCUUUGGUAGAAGGAGAAUAUGGAUGAGAUGAAAUGAGAUGCAUAAAUAAGCCACAGAGCAGGAUAAUACGAUGCAUAAUUGGUUUAGAUUUUCUGCCCAUUAACAAAGGCCUCCCUUUCUAUCUCACUCACCAAUACCCAGUGCUGCCCUCCUCUUUUUUCUGCCGAAUGCGUGCUGCUCUUCAGAUCUCCCUGUGUACAGCUGUGUAGCUACUACAUUACUAUACGACUAAUACAACACCCUUCUGCUUGGCAGAUGAAAUACUGAGGACUCAGAGGAGGGGUGAAAGAUUAAAACUCGAUAUAUAGACAAUAAAUCAAAGGCAGAAAUGAGUUUGGUUCAGUCUAAAAAAAAAGUAUCUUUAUGUUUUCAUUUGUUCUAAAUUGUUUAAUCAUCUUAUCAGUAAGAAGACUCAGAAAGAGUAACAUCUAUUUUUGUAUCCCAUCAUUUCCAGGUGUGGGUAGAUGCUGCCGCUCAGAUAUUCUUCUCUCUGGGCCCCGGCUUUGGGGUCCUCCUGGCUCUCUCCAGUUACAACCCUUUCACGAAUAACUGCUAUCGGUGAGAACUGACACACUCUGAGCCAUGAGAACCCACAUUUGUGGCUUGAACACAGCUACAGAAGCAGGAGCCAAACAUUUCGAUCAAACCCCUGUACACCUUUUGCACUCUGUAUGAUAACCGGCUGAAUAAAAAAAAAAAAAAAUCUGCUUGAAUCCCUUUUUGCUCACUAUAGAUUUACAGCUGCUCUUUUUUUUUCUAAUCAUGACUUCUUCUGGUGAGCCUUCUUGGAAUUUAAGCAUUCUGCAGAUUGAUGCUGGCUAAUUAGGAGUCUGAUGUCUCUAAUGAACACACAACAUACAAACUUUUGUAGAGUAUCCCUCAUUAGUGUGUCAGGACAUUUAUGGUUGCUAACAGUGAGUAAACUCAUGCGUAUGACACAAAGAAAAGAUGUAAAAAGAGCCAUUCAGCAAAGGUCACAAAGGUUAGAAAAUGUGUCGCUAAAGGUUAGAAAAGAUGUCAUCAUGUCAUUUGGGACACGAUCUGUGAUCAAAUAUAAAAGCUUGGUUUGAAGGAGGAUCAGUACAAGCAUUGUGGAUAAGAAAUAUGCUGCUUCGUGUCCAUAAAGAGAGUUUUAUUUCUCCCUGUAUAGAGACGCCAUCGUGACCAGUUUGGUGAACUGCCUGACCAGUUUCGUGUCAGGGUUUGUGAUCUUCACUGUGCUGGGCUACAUGGCCGAGAUGAGACAGGUGGAUGUGGAGGAUGUAGCCAGGGAUAAAGGUCAGCAGAUAAAUUUUACAUGUGAAAUAAAGAAGAGUGGAUAAACUCUUUCAAAAUUAAAAGCUCACCCAGAUCUAUCUCAUGUGCUUUCAGGACCAAGUCUGCUUUUCAUCACCUACCCAGAAGCCAUUGCAAACAUGAUGGGCUCCACCUUUUUUGCUAUAAUCUUCUUUACAAUGAUGAUCACGCUGGGACUGGACAGCACGGUACAGGCUGGGAAUGCUGAUCAAAAAAAGAGAAGAAAAGACAUGUUUAUAAGAAUAUAAGAAGCUUGUUUUAAAGCACUGAUUUUAAUUCAGCUCAAACAAGUUCUUCAUUUUUUUUGUUUGUUUCUUUUUAUUCCUUUUAAAUAUUCAAAUGUCGGCUCCAGUACUGUGAGGACUCGUGAUAAAAUGUCAGCCGAUAUUGAUAAUUCAAAUGAAUCCAUUGGCUUUUCCAACCUAUUUUAAAAGGUACAGUGAAAUGAUAUUCUGUGUAUUGUUAACUUUUUGUGUGUGUUUCAGUUUGGUGGGCUGGAGGCCAUCAUCACCGCAGUGCUGGAUGAAUAUCCCGAUCAAUUCUCUCACAGACGUGAAUUGUUUGUUCUGGGCUUGGUAGUUGUCUGCUUUUUGGGCUCCCUAAGCACCCUUACAAAUGUAAGUUUUCCAAGUUUAAUGUUGAACCUUCAAGAACAAGAAAUCUUUUUUCUUUGAUCGGUUGCCUUCAGACACUGUUACUGUCAGUGUGAGGUAGUUUUGGAUGCACUCUAGUUCAAUAACAGUUCAGAUCCGCUGGGUGUUGUUUUCAUAGAGAUAAUGCAUGGUGGAGUUUGGAAUGUUUUCGACAGGGUGGUGCUUAUGUGGUGAAGCUGCUGGAAGAAUUUGGAGUUGGAUCCUCCAUCAUAGCUGUGGGUUUCCUUGAGGCCAUUGCUGUUUCCUGGUUCUACGGUAAACAAGAGAUUGUUUUUAUUAUCACCAUUUAUCCGGUAUUUGGUUGAUUUCUUCUGCAAUAUACAAAAACAACACUAUAGGUGACAGUGUCUUUGAUUUCUACGACUGUUUCCAGGUAUCAAAAGGUUUAGCAAUGAUGUCCAGGCCAUGCUGGGCAAAGCCCCAGGGUUAUUCUGGAGGGUCUGCUGGGUUGCCAUCAGUCCAGCAUUUCUAGCGGUAAGAUGUUGAACAUUGCAAAUACAUUUACAAUUGUAGAGGGAUAUACAAAAACAAAUAAUACAAUAUUGGAGUCACUAGCAGGUCUUGUAUUAGCACAAAAAAAGAGCUCAGAAUAAAAUUAAACACAAAUUUAUGAGUGGCCUUUAAGGCCCACCUUUACCAAACAGCUACCCCACAACUCCCUGUCUAUAGAUUAGAUUCCUCUCUUUAUCCCUUUUUUCCAUAGUGUAUUUAUCAAAAUACUCAGCUAAAUGUCAGUGUCCUCUCUCCUCAUGACAAUUGCUUUUAUAUUUUUGGUCUUAUUUGAAUCCCUCACUACAAAUAAUUUCCUUUUGACAUUUUGCAUUAUGAGAUUAUCAUAUCUUCCUUUUACAACCCCUGGUGGUCUGACAGUUAUAUUACUCCACCAUCGUUAUUUGUUACAAUGUGAAAGUUACAUUUACAUAUAUGGAAAUAAUGGGCAUAUAUCCCAACUCUUUGCAGUACAUUAUAGUGAGCUCCUUGCUGAAAGCACCACCCCUCACGCUGUUUGACUAUAAGUACCCAGACUGGAGCAUCACAGUGGGGUAUUUCGUGGGACUCUCAUCCUUCAUGUGGAUCCCCAUCUACAUGGUCUACAAGCUGGUGUGGACUCCUGGAUCUCUCAAACAGGUCAGUGAAAGAGUAUAAAAUGCUCAAACCAUUAACUUUUUAUUUUUCUUUCAAAUACUUUACUUCUUUUUCUUCAUCUUUUUACUAUCCUUUUUUGCACAGAGGCUGGCAGUGUGUCUAAGACCAGAGAGGACCAUACCAGACAUCCAUGCCGACAAUGUCACCAUGGUUACUGUACCUUAGAAGGAAGAGCACCUGACAUAUGAUAGACACUCUUGACUUCCCCCUGCUUGUAGUAUUUUUUUUAUUAUUUCAGCUCCCAGUUGAAGUGAUGUGUGUCAAAACCUGGUCAUCUGACAUCAUGACUGUUAUUUGUUUAUGAUGUUGACACUGUCAAAUAGUAAAAUGCUGCUAAACAUGUAAACCCAAGGAGCUGACAUAGCAAUACUCACACCUCACUCUUUGCUCUGUAUGUAAUCAGAUCUACCCCGGUCACUUGGACAGUCUGUAACUUUCACUUGUUGCCAUAUUCAGGUGUUACAUAUGUGCGAUUGUAGGAGUCUUACGUGUUUGAUAGUCUGCUUUUCCCUUAAGAACAACAUGCCAAGGAAAAUAAAUACAUGUACGUGUUUCUUUAUGUGGCAAACAGCACAUUUUUUUGCACUGCAUGGGACCACAUUUCCUGUUAAAGUCUUAAUUAACUGUAGUUUGUCAAAGCUGUAUGCAGCAGUUUCUGCAUACAUUUGUAUGUGCUCACAAUCUCCUUUUAAAGUGGCAGUUUUGACAGAUAUUGUGUGAUCUGAUGCCAGAAAAGUAUCCGCUGAUAAGGCAGAUUAUAUAGGACAAAAUCCUGAUUGGUAAUUCCUCUUUUCAUUUUUGCCACUGCUGUGUUAUACAGUAUAUUUACACAGUUUCUAUGUAAUGCUGUACUCGUUUAGGAUUUAAUGCAGCUGCUUGUUAUAUCUGCAAAGAAAUAUUGUGUUCCCCCUGCAAGUGUUUGUAUCAGAAAUUAGUAAGGCCAUUAAAAAAAGACCACAAUAGUUCAUUUUCAAAGUGUUUUUAAACCACAGAAUUUAUUAGACUAGUAUUGUUUUACUUCUGGUGCAGUAUAACCUGGAGAUUCACUUCGACGUUUCUUUGAAUUCAAAAUGAACUUCUUGGUCUUUUUCCGAUGGCUUCAUCUGACUCCAGUUUUGCCUUAAUCUGCUUGUAUAUCACACCGUCUCUUUGCAGAGACAAAUACAUCACUUGAGUCUUUACCCAUGUAUGUUUAAAUUAUCUUUAAGCGCUUUAAAAUGUGAUGAGCAAAGUUAUGGUGCGUGAUUCCAGUCCUCUUAAUUCUGGUUUAAGUAACAGUCAUGUGUAUAGAUUAAUUAUAGUACAUACAUUUUAUUUCUACAUUUCAUUUCAUCCCAUCAUUAAAAGUGAAUAUGAACCACCAAAACAUGAUGCAGUACUUUAAGCAUUUUAUUUCAGCAUGUAUAUUAAAAGAGACCCUAUUUUCCCC